GUCACGGCUAGUACAUGGAAAACAGCAGAGCAAACCCUCACACUCCUUCAGUUAAAGAGCUUGUAAAGAUUCUGUACGGAGGGAAACGCUUUGGGAAUCAUGUGGAUGAAGUCUGGCCCAAUCUGUUCCUUGGCGACAUGACAGUGGCCAAUGACCGCUACAGUGUUUGGAAGCUGGGAAUUACGCAUGUUUUGAACGCAGCACACGGACGCUCCCACAGUGAGGGUGGUCCGGACUUCUAUGGCCCCUCUGUGGAGUAUUAUGGGGUCCCUGCUGACGACUCGCCGACCUUUGACCUCUCCAAAUACUUCAGUACAUCAGCCAAGUUCAUUCACAGAGCACUCGAAGUAGAGGAAGGUCGUGUGUUGGUGCACUGUGCCGUUGGCGUGAGUAGAUCGGCCACACUCGUCCUGUCAUUCCUCAUGCUGCACCACCGGCUCCCCCUGGUGGACGCUAUUCUCACAGUGAAGGAGCACAGGUGGAUUUUCCCAAACAACGGCUUCCUUAAACAACUCCGAGCUCUGGACAUGAAACUUCGCUCUCAAACCUGAUCAGCUUUUUUAUUUAUUUAUAUAUUUUUUUAACAAUAACUUCUUUAUAAAUACUAUUUUGUUGUUUGGACUUUACAUAUUGGGUUUGAUAAAUAAACACUGAAGCAGGUACUGACUCCAGCCACAUGGGGGCAGUGAAGGAAUAAAUGAUUAGUUUGAGUAGAUUGUUUACUACUGUGAGAUGUGAAGGUUUGAAAAAGGAUGUAUGGAUCAAUGAACUUAACCAAUACUCACGUCCAGGUCUGCGAAGUCCAUCUUUACGAUUGCGAUAUGGACCCGACGCCUUGGAGGAGGUCUGGGUGUUACAUCUAUUAACAUCAUAUUUAUUUAAUGUUUAUGGUUUGUUUUUUUCUUAUAAGACUCCAGACUUGUGACUUUGAUUUGUAUGACAACAUUGAAUGGAAAAUACUACCACA